UGCUUGGCGUUCACGGAAUCGUGUGCAACGACUUUUGGCUUCGGUCUUGCACACUGCUGCGAAUCACACCUCAACUUCCGCACGUUUCACUCAAACCAGGAUGGGUGCUACCUCUAUAACUAUUGUCUUUUCACCCUACCAUGUUGGCCUCCGCGAUCACCGUGUUGGUGACGGCCCUAAUCGCAUCCGGGCCCUUGGGGUAAUUGAAGAGCUGGAGAAGCUCGGUGUGACGGUACAUUUUGUUGAGCUGCCACCGGUUGAUGAUUAUGAAGGGGAGAUAGGCCGCAGCUUUGAGCUACUCCGGCGGACGUCUAAGGCGGUAACAGAUGUGUGCGCAAAGCAAUCCUUUCCUCUUAUUCUCUCUGGAAACUGUAUGGCAAGCGCUGGAGUUGCUUGUGGGCUAGGCCUUAAGGCUCUUGGCUGGAUCUACUUUGACGCGCACGACGACAUGGACACGCCAUCAACGAACACGAAUGGAUACCUAGAUGCCAUGGGCCUAUCAAUGCUAGGGGGGGAAAGUUUCCAUCGUUUGGCAAACACGAUUCCUGGAUACGUCGCGCAUAAGUACGACAAGAUGAUCUACUGCGGCCUUCGCGAUAUUGAGGACAGUCAGAAAGAGACUGUACGCAAGGCUGGAGCGGAGGUUAUCUGGGGAGAAGCAGGUAAUCACGUCGACUUUGCGAGCAAGCUCACGAAAGCUCUGAGUGAGAAGGAUUAUUCGCCCGCUUUAGUCCAUCUUGACCUUGAUGUCUUGGAUAAGAGCAUUGGAAAGGUUAAUGGUUACGAGAGUCCGGGAGGCUUACAGGAGGACGACCUAAUGAAGUGUAUGGAUCUAGUUCCACAGAAAGCUAGUCCAACGUCUCUCACAGUCUGUUCGUUCGAUCCCAACUUAGGAGACGGGGAUAAAGUUGCUGCAAUCGGUGUAAAGGCUAUUGUCGCCUUUGUCAAGUCGCUCCUAAAAACGGGAGCUUUAGUUAGGAAAUAGCAUCUACACCGAGUCUAUCGUGGCCUUGGAUAUGGCACUUGCUGC